AUGGCCGACUCGCUGUUGGAGCUGUUGGCUCCGCACUUGGAUACACCCCAGACUCGGGAUGCUACGACUGCACAGUAUCUCAAUCGCUUGUCGACCCUGUCUCUGCAGUCCCUCCAGGACACCGAACCCCAGUCCCUCGCACAAUCCUCCCACUCGACUCUCCUUUCUCUCCAGGCCUUGUCCAACCGCUCACAUCGCACCUUCAUUACAUCCGCCGAUAAUUUGACCACGCUAUGCACCUCUAUCCCACAAUUAACUCGCGAGGCCCAACAAUUGCGCGAUGCCCUCCCAAAGCUCGACUCGGAGGCAGUUGGCUUCUCCACCAAAUACAGCAAGAUUACCGACAACCCCGCCCUGGAACGGCGGAAGAAGGCGAUGCAGCUAGCGCGAAAUGUCGACCGACUGUCUGAUAUCCUAGAACUGCCGACCUUGCUGUCCUCUGCCGUCUCCGCAGCGUCUGCCAACUCCGGCGCCGGCGCCGCCUCUACCACCUAUUCCUCCGCUCUCGAUCUACACGCGCAUAUCAAACGACUUCAAACAUUAUACCCAGAUUCACCAUUAAUUCAAGAUGUGGUCGCACAGGCAGAGGAUGCGAUGAAGGAUAUGACAACCAACUUGAUUGCGGGGCUUCGGGCCCAGAACCUACGAUUAGCAGCUAGUAUGCGAACCGUGGGCUGGCUGCGACGAGUGGCUCCGGAUCUGGAGACUCUUCAGAGUGAGGGAACUGCCGGUACAGGAGAAGGAGCGCUGGGCGCCAUCUUUCUGAUCUGUCGACUGGCCCACCUGGUCUCGACCCUGGAGGCUCUGGACCCGCUCCGGGAACUUGCAGACCACGAAUCCCAAAGAAGAAUGAAGAGCAAGGACAAGUCCGAGGCCUGGUCGGAUGGCCAGCAAACCGACCGUUACUUGAAACGAUACAUUGAGAUCUUCCGAGAGCAGAGCUUCGCUAUCGUCUCGCUUUACAAGAACAUCUUCAGCUCCGAACAGUUUGAUUCGGAGCUGGCAGUAUCAGGUCUACGGGCUGCGGACAAAGCGCGAAAACAGUCCAGUCGACCAGAUGACCCCUUACAAAAACUCCCCUCAGCCCUCGCCACAUUCCCGAUGCACCUGGUGCAAUUACUUACCGAUACAAUGCGAACGUAUCUUCCCAAUGUCCGGGAUCGCAGCUCGCGAGAGUCUCUGCUUACGCAACUUCUGUACUGUGCAGCUAGCCUAGGGCGCCUGGGGGGCGACUUUAGCAUGAUUCUUACUGAGCUGAGCGGGGAAGAGAUCAACUACGAAUGGGAGGAAGUGAUGCGCAAGCACCGGGCGCUGGCAGGGCGGCUGGAGCAACUGACCAGCCGAGUAUCCGUGCACUAA